UCGCCCGUCAUUCAAACGCGCAACCUGGCACAUCAGUCAGAAAUGCACCUCCGUCGGUUUCGUACGCGGGCUCUUCUGUCCAUCAUUCUUCUCGGCACGGUGCUUCUUGUCAUCUGUUCUUAUUCUUCGUUUCCCAGUCCGUCAUACCUGAAAAAUCGAAUAUCCUCAGACGAUUCUUUGACUGCCAGCUGGUGGGAUCGGUUGUGGUCUUCGUCCGGAAAAUGUAAAAGCAGCACUCCCAAGCCGUCGACAGAGAGACUGAACACAGCUGAUAUCUACCCCAAGUUGGACUUCAGAGUUCCCGAUAAUGCAGGUGCAGGAUUUUGGAACGAGGUUCUUGAAAGUCGUUAUCGGGAGAUAAGAGAAACAUGGAAAGAGUUGCCGCUAGAAGUGAUUGUUCUUCCUCAUUCGCACGUAGAUCCGGGAUGGCUGAGAACAUUCGACGAUUACUUCGAGAAUUCCGUCUCUCACAUCCUCGACAAUAUGGUCACCUUCCUCAACAGGACGGAGGACUUCCGCUUCAUCUGGGCCGAAAUAUCCUUCUUCUCAAAGUGGUGGGAAAGACAAAGCAAACAAAUCAAAGACGUUGUCAAAAAAAUUCUUCAAAAGAAGCAAUUGGAGUUCGUUACUGGAGGCUGGGUGAUGCCGGACGAAGCAACGACCAGUUAUUUCGCCGUGGUAGAUCAGCUCAUCGAAGGUAACCAGUGGUUGAAGCAACAUCUUAACUAUACUCCUCAACAUGGUUGGUCUGUGGACGUGUUUGGUCAUUCAGCCAGUCUGCCUUACAUUUUGUCAACAGCUGGCAUUACAGAUACAGUGAUUUUAAGAUCUCAUUACGCUUGGAAAGCCUUUCUUGCCAAAAUACAAUCGUUUGACUUCUAUUGGGAACAACCAUUUGAUUCACCUAGAAUGUUUUGCCACAUGGCACCAUCAGAUCUGUACAGUUUCAAGCACACUUGUGGUCCAGAUCCUUCAUCUUGUUUGAAAUACGACUUUCGGAAAAUUUUUGGUGAGAUGUCUGAAAGCACAGCAGACACAGUUACUGAUCAAAAUGUGGAAUUGAAAGCUAACCAUUUGUUGGGACAAUACGGGCGAUAUGCCUCAUUAUUUAACCAUAGUGUCCUCCUCGUACCUUUGGGAGAUGAUUUUCGGUACAACGUUUAUGCUGAAUGGGAACAACAAUACAAAAAUUAUAAAAAACUGUUCGAUUUUAUCAAUGGUAAGAAAGAAUGGAAUACGCAUAUAAGAUUUGGAACUGUUGGCGACUAUUUCAAAGAAGUUCACCAAAGAUUGCAAAAUUUUUCCUAUAAUUCUGUGUUGUCCUUAAGUGGUGAUUUCUUUCCUUACGGUGAUGUGUACGCAAAUGCCAGACCUUCCUACUGGACAGGAUUUUACACAACAAGACCUUUUUACAAGAAGCUUGCUCGUGAAUUGGAACAAUGGUUAAGGUCAGCAGAAAUUUUGUAUUCCUUAGCAAAGACAAACAUUAAAGAAUCAGAGGAAAGCGUCUUUCUGAAGGAUUACGCUUCUUUAGUUUCUGCAAGACAGAAUCUUGGAUUAUUUCAACACCAUGACGCAAUAACUGGUACUUCUAGAAAACAUGUAAUGGAAGAUUAUGGUAGGAGACUUCACAGUGGAAUAACUAAUGCCAUGUCUGUCGUAUCCCACAUGACUCAGAUUCUCCUUAUGAAAAGACUUUACGAAGGAAACAUCUGGACUUCUCAAGUUUAUCCAGACGUUUAUAGAACUGUAUGGAAAGAGCCAACAAAGAAACUGCCUGUCCAAAUGGCAGAUGCAGGAAGAAAAAUAACAUUUUUCAAUCCUUUGACAACGACACGCACAGAAGCUGUCCGCUUAAAAGUUAGAACACCGCAUGUUCAAAUUAUAGAUUCUAAAGGUAACGUAGUGCCAUUCCAGAUAAACCCUGUUUGGAGAGAGAAAUUCUCUGUAUCGCAUACUACAUUCGAAUUAAUAUUUGUAAUUACUUUAGAGCCUCUCUCAUUUUCAACUUAUACAUUAGAGAAUGCAUUAUCUACUGAUGGGAAUGAUUUAAAAAAAUCAGUAGUUUCACUUUUUCUCAAAGAUGAUUCAAAUGCAUCAGUGAAAAAUUCAGCUUUUAAAUUUGAAGAACCUAAUGACCGAGAAAUAAAUUUAGAAUCACCCCAUUUUCGAGUGAAAUUUUCUCCUUCAGGUGUUCUCAAAGAAAUUUACAUGAAAGAUUCUGGCAUCUCAAAGAAGACAGAAAUUGACUUUAGGGCAUACAUACCAUGGGUUUAUCGCAGUGGUGCUUAUUUAUUCCAACCAGAUUUUCCCAAUCCACUAUCAUUCGGCAAUCUUACCGAACAUUUUCCUUAUCUUUGCUUGGUUCGAGGUCCAAUCGUUAGCGAAUUUCAUAUGAUUUACCAAAAUUUCCUUAAACUCACUGUGCAUCUAUAUCACUUUGAUUCGUCACCAUCUGGUCUGCAGAUCGAUGUAUCUGCUGACAUUUCAAAACUGAACAGAGAUGUAGAAUUAGUAAUGAGAAUAAACAGCAAUAUAAAAAACAAUGGAGUGUUUUACACAGAUUCUAAUGGUCUUCAGAUGCUCAAACGGAAGUACGUCAACAGUCUUCCUGUACAAGGUAAUUAUUAUCCAGCUACUUCCAACAUGUAUAUCGAAGAUGAGGAAAUUCGAUUAAAUCUUUUGGUUCCUCACAGCCAUGGUGUUACAUCGCCUUUACCGGGCACUAUGGAGGUGAUGCUGGACAGAAAAACGCGAGAAGAUGAUGGCCGCGGUAUGUCAGAAGGCGUUGUGGACAAUCAAAUGGUUUCUCGAACUUUCUGGCUUGUUCCAGAAUCUGUUCAAAAGAAUGUCAUGCCAACAUCUUCUUUAUCUUCUAGAACUGAAGUAUUAUCGUUGCGUGCUCAAUAUCCAAUCAUUACUUUCUUUACUGAUAAUGGCGAGGCUCUUAUUAUCCACCCAAAACUUUCAUUGCUACCUAAACCCUGGCCUUCAGAUGUUCAUUUGGUUAACUUACGAACUCUGCCUUUAGCAGAUAAUUACACUUUGCCAUCUAAUGAUUCUUUAAUGGUGAUUCACGAAAGUUUCGGUUCUUGCAAAGCUGAGAGUUUUAUCGAUAAAAUAAUCAAAAGCAAAAAGGGUGCGCUCUUUUCCAAGGUAAAGAUAGAAAAAAUCGAAAAAACUUCUUUAACAGGGGCAGUUUCUUAUACUCAAGAUUCCAUUUCAGCUUCUACAGCGAAGCUGCAGACUUAUAAAAUAACAUUUAGAUAACACUCAAUUUUGUUAAAGAACUUUACAAUUCACUUCGUUGUUAACUGUGAUUUUAAAUCCAUGUAAUUUUACAAUAAACUUUCAGUUUUUCAUCAUUUGUUAAACAGUUUAGAAGCAUCGUUUCCAGUCUAGUCAGUUUUAUUGGAAAUAAAUGUCAAAAGAAAAUUUUGUUGUAAAAUAAAAAUUAUAU